GGCAGCCCGCGCGGAGCGGCCGCCCCGCCCUCGGGGCCGUACGGGGCCGUGGUGCGGGGGGGGCGCCGGGGGGGCGCCGGGUGCUCGCGGCCGCCGCCGCUGCCAUGGAGCGGUUCGUGGAGGGGCGGCGGGCGGCCCUGCAGGAAAACAUCCAGUGCCACCAAGAGGUGCACGUGGUGAUGGGCAAUGAGGCCUGCGACCUGGACUCAGCCGUGUCUGCCCUGGCCCUGGCGUAUUUCCUGGCAAAGACCUCCUCACCACCCAAAGCCGCCUUCAUCCCUGUGCUGAACAUCCCGCGCUCGGACUUCGCCCUCCGCACAGAGACAACACUCCUGCUGCGGGAGCAGGGCAUCGCGGAAACCUCCCUCAUCUUCCGUGAUGAGAUUGACCUGGCCAGGCUGCACCAGGCUGGGCUGCUGUCCCUGACGCUGGUUGACCACCACGUCUUGCCCAGCACUGACGCAGCCCUGGAGGAGGCCAUAGUGGAUGUGCUGGACCACCGGCCACUGGAGCGAGUGCCCAGCUGCCAGUUCACAGUGGAGCUGGUGGGCUCCUGCGCCACACUGGUGACAGAACGGAUUGCUCAGGGACCCCCAGGCGUGCUGGACCGGACCACGGCUGCGCUGCUGCAUGGCACCAUCCUGCUGGACUCUGUGAACCUGAACCCUGCGGCUGGCAAGGUGACACCCCGGGACGUGGCGUGCAUCUCCCUGCUCGAGUCAAGGUUCCCCGAGCUGCCAGCCCACAAUACCAUCUAUGAAGCCCUGCAAGCAGCCAAGUUUGACGUUUCAGAGCUGACAACAGAGCAGAUGCUGCAGAAGGACCUCAAAACCCUCUCCAAUGAUGAACUGGUCCUCGCCAUCAGCGGUAUCUACAUAAACCUAGAGACCUUCCUGCGCCGCCCUAACUUGCUGCAGGACCUGGAAGCUUUCUGCCAGGCUCGGGGCUAUGCUGGGCUGGUGGCCAUGACGGUCUCCUUUAACGAGCACUACGAGCCCACACGGCAGCUGGCAGUGUACAGCCAGCGUGAGGCCCUGCGGAGCAUGGUUUGCCAGGUGCUGGAGGAGGCCACGGCGCCAUCCCUGCAUCUCCAGCCCCUGCCCAGCCCCUGGUCCUGUGUCAGCAUCUACACCCAGGGCAACGCGCUGGCUUCACGCAAGAAAGUGCUGCCCAUCCUCCGGGCUGCGCUUGGAGGGCUGGGGGCCAUGGCGGGGCUGGAGGAGGACACAGCCCCGCCGCCCACCCCCAUGAACAGCCUGGUGGACGAGAGCCCACUGGCACAAGCCGUGCCCCCCCUCUGCCCCCAGGCUGUGCUGGAGAGGGUCAGCCGCAUGGCUGCCGAGCAGCCCCCUGACCCUGACAAGUGAGGGGUCCCCGGCACCCGCUGUGCCCGCUCGGGGUGCUACCAUGGACGUUGCACCCCCAGCACUGGCGAGCUGCAGCCUCCUCCAGCUGAGCUCUGCUUGCUGCCGCAGCCCCCUCCCUGAUGCCAUUUGCCCCCGCUGCAUUGGAGUCAGUGCCGUGGGGCCCACGAGGAGUGGGGCAGCAUACGGUUAACAAAGUUACUGGGGUUUUGAUAGUUCUUCUCCUCCUGGCCCUUUCUGGGCUGUGGGGGGCAUGAGUGCUUGCUGAGGCCCUUGCUUGAUUGCUGGGUGUGGACACAGCCAGCUCAGGACUGUUAUCCACAAUCUGAGGAUUAAAUUUCCCUCUUU